ACACAGAAUAAAUGGCUAAUAAUAAAUAUUGGUUGAGCGAAAAAAUAAUGUAAAGAUGCAAUGUGGUUUCUGAUGAUUUUUCUGACACUUCAAUCAAUAAAUAUUCAGCCGAAAGCUUGCGCUCAGUUUAUUCGUCUCUUUCAAUCAGGGCGGCUUUAGAAGUGCAUCAAAGACCACAGCAGGCGCAAAGGCAGCAGGGAACAGGCUGGGGGACCAGCGUGACUCCCCGGUCACAAGUGCUCCUCGUGAUGGCGGCUGGCUCCGCUAUCUGCUUUCCCGGAGCUCUUGUGAAGCGGCUAGGUGCACAGGCCCCGCUGAUGACACAACAAAAGCUCCAUUGUGACCUCCUGCCUUGCUGCCCUCUGCUCUCUGCUUUCCGUUUUCUGUUUUUUUCACCAACUAUUAAGCACUUUCGAGAUUGAACUUUUAAAGGUGCUAUUUAAAAUAAAUUAUUAUUCACAACAACAACAACAACAACAACAACAACAACAAUAAUCCUGUGGGCACAUCCUUUGGUGAAAAUGUUUCUGCAGGUCAAUGAACAUUCUCAUGCUGCACCCCAGUUCAUCCCUCACCAGAUGGGAUCAAACCCAGGUCUCCGACAUCACUCAACAGGGGUAAAGAAUACCUUUCUCAGCCUGGGCAGCCAACAUCCCUGUUAUGCGCAGGGGCGUAUUCAUUACGCUGUUCACCCCACCAGACAGUUUUCAAUCUGGUGCAAAGAAUGUGCUGCAGAUCUAUGAACUUGUAUUGAUUCCAGCAGUGACCACGUGCUAGCAGGCUAACACUCCAGAGCAGGGGGUCUCCAGAUCAACCUCAUUCAGGACAAACAUUAAACAGUUGAAUUAAAAGGUCAAAUGUCAGUCCGCCUGUUAAAAUUGUAAGUAAUUUCCCUGAUCAUUCUGGAAUUUGUUACAGAUAUAAGUAAUGAGAAUUUCUGAUGCUCAGUAUAUAAACAUGACUCAUUGACUCAAUAAAAAGUGUGGAUGUUAUGGUUUAUUUGGGAAGCUGGUUAUAACCAAUUUACAGGUUAAACUGUUACUUUGGAAACCUACAAGCUACAGUACUUGUUCAGUUUGCAAACAAACCAAUGUUCAAAAUAACAGAUAUAAAUGCAAAUCUAUCAAUUAUCCAUCAUACAACAAGUGGUAUUAGUGUAGGUGAAACAGGAACUAAUGUCUGGUAGACAUGAAAUGUGAUGCAGCAAAAUGUUUCGACAUGCACUUGUCAUUUUCUAUUAUUCGCGAAGUUGUUUGAAGGUACAAUCCUUUUAAAAUACUGUAAUACCAAUACAAAAUUGAAAGAGCGCCUUUGUGUUUUCAUUUGCAAAGUGCCACAAGCACAGGGCAAAAGGCAGGGCUACUUUCUGCUCUUGCGGUGAAGUGUGUGUGUGUAAAUUAUAGAUGCCAAUUGCAAGGUGGAAGGAAGUCAGGAAACCCAGACAACAUAUGCACUGAGACCGUGCAAACUCCACACACAAAGUUCGCACCCAGAACACAAGAGGUGCUAUGCAUUCGCGCUAACCGCCACGCGACCCGCCUCCCCCAGCAUUAUUUUUACGGAAUACAAGUAAAAUGCGCGCAGUCAUGCUGGAAGAGCGGCAGGAGCAGAGCUGUGCACGCCACACUGAAUCCCUACAAAACGAACGUGCGAACAGCCUUUCGAUCCUGUUGCUGCUGUGAAUGUGCCUCCCGCAUUCCAGGACUAAUGAACAGGUUGGCUGCGUUAUUAGCAUUCCGAGCCAGUGGUUGCUGGGAUAUCCAUUCCCCUCGUAUUGCGAGAGAUGAGAGCGAGUGCAUUCCAGUGGCAGGCACGGGAUUCGGCUCUCACAAGAUGCUGAAACAGUGCAAGUUCGUCCUUGUUACUGGGAGACGUUAAGAAAGAUGUUUCCUGCCAUUGGAAUGGUGCUCUAGCUUGUAAGUGCACCGUGCAGACUGAGAGAGAGAGGAGAACCAUCUCUAUAGUAACCAGUUCAGGUUUACAAUGGUGCCCCAGAAUCACAUCCUUUAAAAACAGAAAUACCCAUUGAGGUGCCACCAUGGAGCUGAGAAAGAACCUUAGAAGAAGCAGCCUACCGGUUCCUGAGGGUCAUAUCAACACCAUAGUGGACAUCCAGUUGGGUGAGGAUGACCAUGGCUUGUUGUGCACCCCCUUGCCCAGCAGUGCAGCCAGCAGCAGGUCAGGACAAGACGCUUUCUCUGCAGAUCCUCCUGAAGGAUGCUCCCAGGACUGGGUCCAGGGAAGAUCCGUGAAGAAAAGCAAGACCCAUGACUGCGUGGCGGGAGUGGGACUGCAGGAAACACAAGAAGCAGGGAGCACUGAGGGAGGACUAACCCUCUCUGCUCAGGGGAGAGGAAGGCUGGUUAGCAGUGUCAGUUUCUCUGGGUUUGGAAUCUCUGCUGAAGGUAGCAGGGAGCUGCAAGAAAACCGCAGCACUUCCAGUUGCGGACGGCAAAUAAUCGACUAUAGGAACUUUGUGCCUCAAGUGCCCUUUGUGCCAUCCAUUGCCAAGUCCAUUCCCAAGAAGAGGAUCUCAUUGAGGAAGCCAAGGAAAGCGUUCAGAGAUCUAUUUGGGAUGAAGAGGAACAAGCACGAAAAAGCCAACUCUCCGGGUGCUUUGCCUCAUGAGAGCAGCAGAGCAGAGGUCAACUCAAAAGGGUCAAGAAGACACCAAAAGCAUAAGGAGUGUUCUUCUGGGUGCUCAGCUUCACAGGAGUACCCCAACAGUGACCCCCCAUCAGACUCGUCUAAUGAGUGCUGUAGUAAUCUUUGUGAAGACGUGGCAUCCCUAAAGAGCUUUGAUUCCCAAACAGGCUGUGGGGAAAUAUUUGCUGAUGAUGAACAGAACGUCCCCCUGGAGAUGGAACAGAGAAGGGACCCCGACAAAGACAUCUGUGAACCAAGGAAGCCGAGCCCAGUGGGGGGGUCAUUCCAGGGAGGCAUCGAGCAGCUGGCAUCUCCUGCCCAAACGGAGGUCAUGGACUUCCUAGGACAGUGGGGCAGCAUGGGCAACGCCUUCCUGUUGCACCAGAACCGUAGGAUUGAAGGUAGGAAGCCGAACCCAAUGAAAUCCACUCCCACUAAAUCAGCAAGUGAAAAACCAAAUGUGUCGUCCCCUGCUAGCCUUCCUACUCCGUCUGAGCAGGAGCAGGUGGAUAUGAAUGCUGAUAUGGCAACACCAAAGAGCGACAACCAGGAAUCCAUCUCCACGAGUGAUGAAGGCUACUAUGAUUCACUCAGCCCAGGACAAGAGGAUAAUAGCAAGGGUUCUCUAACACCUUGCAGCUCCACCAGGUUUCCAAGAGAUAGCUACAGUGGUGACGCACUGUAUGAGCUGUUCUAUGACCCCAAUGAGUCAGGGAUGACUCCAAUCUUUGAUGACAACAUGAGCGUAACAGAAAGCAUUUUAGGUCUUUCCAGUGAGCUUCCUCUGUCUAUGCAUAGCUUUCAUGUCGGUGCAGAAGAAAACCUCGCUCCACCUCUGGCUUUGGAUAUUAUCAGCCAGGAACUCCUACAGAGCAACUGGAAGGGUAAGGAAUGCCUGCUAAAGCUUUGUGACACUGAAAUUUCCUUGGCAAUGGGGAUUGUUAACUGGCUCAGACAGAAAGCAGAAAAGUUCAGCCCAUCAGAAACAGUGUGUAGUGGGUCUGAGGUACGGGGAAGCGAUGGGAGUCUGAAUGUAAAGGCAAUUUCUCCAGAUACACAGAAAGUGCCAGAGAAGCAGGAUUGGACAGAUAACUGUGAUUCGAGGAGGAAUUCUGCCAAAGAAAGGCCUAUCUGCUUGCAAAAUUAUACUCCCAUUUCUGGAGUUGUCCCCCCCAUGCUUAAUAAAGAUAAAACAUCUGCUUUGUCUGAAUGUAAUAUUACUAAAGGGCAUGGAGAAAGCAAGUCUGAAACUCCCACUAAUAGUAGGUGUUUCAAAUGUUUCAGUGAGGAUCAGUCUUACUUCCUUAAUAAGGAGACAAAAAUAGCUUCAUCACCAGGCUCAGGUACAAAUGCUAUAAUCCUGUUGGCUAUUAAAAAGGAGUCUCUCUGUGAGUCCUGCAAAAUUUCCCUGAAGCACAGCUCAAAGGAUCUGCAUUUGUGUGCCUCCUGUUUAUCUUUCAUAGAACAAGUCAAAACCACAGAAGUGCUCAACUGUGCAACUGAUGGGUUCCACAAGUCAAUAUCUCUUGACAUUAGAGGGACCUGUCCUUCACUGCCACUGGGAUUUUUCGAACCCCCCAGCAGCCCAUCCAGAAAAGGGGAUGAGGUAAACCUCAUGAACCUCCUGGAGAAAUGUGUGGGCCAGAUGUCUGCCCUGACGAUUAGUGGUUGUCAAGACAAGGAGCUUCAGGAAAAUGAGCCCUUCUUUCUUCAAUUUGUUGAAUGCAUAAGUAGCAAAGAAAUGAAAGACUCGAGCUCAGAGAAGGACAAUGAACAGAACCACAGGUUUCUAAAACCCAAGAAAAGCCUAGGUGCUUGCAAUGCAAAGAAGGGAAAAUCCCUUGACAGUCCAUGUUACCACCAUAGUAUCAAAAAUGGAGAGAAUGAUACAGCCACCAUGCCACAGGAUGAUUGCAGUGUUCAAGAAGCACCUUUUCCAUGGGACGCUGGUGAAUUAGAAAUAGGACUUGUCACAACUAACAGCUCUGAUGAACUUGUUUUAGAAACUUACAGAAGUCCCUGUUCAGAGAAAUCCAGAUCCAUCUUUCAUAGUGAAAUGAGCGCAGGUCAGCCACACAGACCCACAUACCUUCCCAUCUCCAAAAAUGCCUAUUCUGAGAUCAGCAAUGGCCAGCAGCACAGGACUGGGCAAUUCGGAGAGGACAGUGCAAAGGGGCAGGUGGAGAAGUCUAGGAGACACCGCAGGUCUGUGGCAAAUGUAGAUGGACCUCAUGGGUAUGUUUUGCUGGAAGAGAAGAAGGAAGAGCAGAAUAGAAGAAUGUAGAACUGAAGCAGUGCUCCAGGGAAGUUGUGAUAUGGCAAUGAUAUGCUUCUGCUGAAGGCAAGGUGGCCACCACAGUACAUGUCAGGACUGUUCUGCCUCCCAGAUCAUUUUACUCCUUUUGCCUCUGCCUAAGAUCUUUUCUUUUGUGGUCUUUCAAGCUUUUGAGACUUCAACAGUGCUGCCCCUCAGGUAUGAAGUCCUGGUGUUUAGAGAAAAGGACCUAUUUUUCAGCUUUCAAGACACUCAUUUUGCCCAAACGAAACGUAAUAUUAAACUCCACAACACUGUCUUAUAUAUCUCCACUUCCAUUCAACUCCUUUUUUUCCCCAAUUAUUUGUAAGGUGUAUAUGCUUUAUCAUUUUUUGUACUCUGUUACAUUUUUUCAAGACCUUUCAAGCUCUUGAUGUUUAAAAUCUUUGACUCAGAGCUCCAAGGACACCAUAUUUGACUAUUGAUUUUUGUUUAUGUGCAAAGAACACAUGUGUAGAUGCAUGGAUUUAUGACUUACACUGGAUGUGAAUGUGUGCAUACAGCAGCAGACAUAUAAUACAAAUCUGGAGCUUCUACAGAUUAAUUGUCCGAAGUCAGCAGCUCAGGAUCAAAUUCUUAACCUGUGAUAUUGCGUACAUGGGUGCAAACAUUCUGCAUCUCAGCUCUGCCUCUUCAAACAUCUGGAACCCCAAAACCACAGUAGUCACUUCCUGUGCAAAACACAUUGUAUUUGGGGUCUUGUGUGGCCUGUUUGUCCAGUUUAAAAUAUUUAUAAUAUUGUCUUCAAAUGUAAAUGCUGUUAAUAAUGUACAAGCUGAAUUUUCAAACUAUUCUAUGUCAGUGAAGAUGCCAGUUUUUUUAAAUUGAAAAUCAAGAAGCCUUUUAUCAAAUGCUGAAGACUGUUUUCCAAGCGCAUUUGUUCUCUAAAAUGACUAAUGUAUUGAUGAGGAAAGAACUAAGCUCCAUUUUACAGCAUGAAUAAUCUGAUUUAUCUUAACCAAUGAGCUUCUAUAAGUGGUUAAUUGUUUCAUGGUUUGCAUGGGAAUAAAUUAAAAGAUCAAAUGAGUUUUUGUGUAUAUCAUCUUAGCCUUAAUUUGUAUCAUGGGGGAAUUUACAGGCUCUGAUACCAGUCAUGAAUACAUACCCAUUUUUGUUUUCGUAUGAUAAAUUAUGCUAAUGGAAAUGUUUAUUAGAAGUCUCAUUUUUAAAACAUCCCAGAAUGCAAAGCUUCUAUUCAUGUUUAAUGGCAAUUUUGUCACCUAAUACUAGGCCCGCUGACGAAGAAAAGGCACUGUAGUUGCCCUGUUACAGCACUUCCUCAACAUAUCUCAGGCAUUAUUAAUCACCUCAGCCCCUUUACUUAAAAAAAUAAAAUAAAUAAUAGAACUUGUAGAAUGUCUGAAUAAUGCUGCAAUUUGAAUGAAAUCUGUGAUGAUAACAUUUAAAUAUGUGCACAAAAAUAAGGUACAGUAGGUCCUUUUAAGUAACACGAAAGUUCUGAAUAGAAAAAAAGUACCCUGUGUUCCUUUAAAUGCAGGUAACUGAGGUAAAACCCCUAAUCUUGUUCUCAGACACAAAACAGGGGAUUUGAAUUUGAAAUGGAAUGUAAUGCUAAAAAAAUAAAAAUAUAAAAUAAAAUAUAAAAUAAAAAAAUAAAAUCAAUAUAUUGAUUAUAUUGAUUAUUCUAUAGAUUUUAGAACUGUAUUUUAAACUGUUCCUUUUUCAAUGAUAUUUGUUAUGUUGCAUGUUUUUUUAACUUAACAACAUUGCAAACCAGUGACUGAACAGAAUACUGUAGUUAAGAAAAGAUCCACAUUUUCAGAACGUCUCAUGUUACCAUUGACUCUGUGUGUAAAUGUUUUAUUUUGUGGUAGUCAAGCCCAUGAAAACUAAAGAAUGCCAUUGAAUUCUUAUUGUUUCCUCCAGAAGCAGCUAGUCUUUUUUAUAGCUGAUUGUAAAAUGAAUGUAGUGUGCCACCCUGAGUCUGCUCCGUUCACACAGUGCUCUUGGCUCAGCGACACUGAUAUGUCUACCAAUGAUCUACUUGCGCACCAUAUGGUGCUCCAAAUUAAUCUCUACAGUUGUCAUGUCAGUACAUUGGGCACGGAAGUUGCAGAAUAGUACCGGGCAACUUGGCAGCUCUGCUCAACUCAGGUAGUGCAAAGUGUUUUCUGUUUCUACAGGUCGGCUGAAAACCUUGUUUUCCUUUAGAAGCACAAUAUAAGGAGUUGUAUUCCUUAUAGGAGAACAUUGGCUACCUUAAAUAUCUUUAACAGCAGAGAAAAAAAUAGUAUUUUGCCAACGACAGGCAAGAAAUGAUCUCUUGGUUUUAGAUUUCAGGUUUAGCCACGUCGUUCCAGCUCUCAGCAGUGAAACAUACCACCAGACUUUGUUUACAUUGCAUUGCAGAUUCUUAUCCUACUUUAAUGAUCACUAGUGCUGCAGUAUGAGUAGAAAAAACAUUUGCACAUAUAAGGUAUUUUAAGGCCCAUCUUUUGCAAUACAAACUUCAAAGGUUACUGAAACUUAUGCGAACAAAGGGUCUAAGACUAACAUUCCUCCUUUUAUUAUAUUUGCAUUAUAAUGUACUGUAGCAUUAAUUCUGUAAUCCUAGUAGUCAGCUGAAGUGCUGGUGCUGCCUGAGAUGAAAGGAAUAGAGUACUCUAUAUUCAGAAUGAGUGUUAGCCCCUUGAAAACAUACAGUACCUCACAAUCUAUUACUGUUCUGCCCAGUCUCAUAAAAUAUGAGAGAAUAUAAUGUUUCCAAGCAACUUACCGUGUCCAAAUUUAGUGGAAAUGGUCCAGCACACUAUAAAUCCCAUGAUUCUUGGGGACUGUGAAAUAAUGGCAGACCAUUUUCCUUAAUGUGCUUUGCUAUGGGCAAGAAGCCCAAUGUAAACUAUCUCACAAGAGCUGACAUGACUGUUAACACACGUACCUCUAGGGUGUGCCUGAAUGUAACAUCAGACCUGGCUAACGUGUCCAUUCAGACAAGGGCUACAGACAGUGAUUGUGGAUACAAAAAACGCCAAAAGGAAAUGGAAUUUAGUUAAUUUUGCAAAGAAGCACUGAGUCAAAACAGCUGAUGGUAGAUUUCCCUUUUUAUGAGAGGACUACUGAAUGGUUAUCUGUCUCUUUGUACAUAAGUUGCUGAUACUAUUGCCUUUGUUAGUGGACCAACCUGUAAUUAGGGGUUCUGGUAAUGUGGUAUACUGUAUAACAGUAAUAAAUAUAAAAUAGUUAUUAUUCAUCAAUCAGUGUUAAUAGAGUAUGGCAAUUACUAAGACCAUAGUCAUGCUAUGUUAAACUAUUUAAUACACAUAGCAUAAAUCUACCUAUAACAUUGACAGAAUGUUUUUUACAGGUGAAAAAAAGACUAUUCAAAAACUCCGGAUGUGACAUCAUGGUAACUGACAUACAGAAUGAGCCAAUUCCAAAGGUGUUAUUUUUGUGGGAUAACUUUAAAGGAAAAUGAAUUUGUAAAAUUGUAAUUUCUUUAAAUAGCUUAAAAGGUACUUGUUGUGAUUUUUAAUUUUGGCAGGAUUUUAAGUUUUGGUAGUGAUUUUUAAAAAGUUCAGAUACUGUAUGUUGGGCAAGUUACAAACAUUAACUCAGGACUUCAUUUGUCAAAUGAAUAGUGAGUUAUUUUCCAUCCAAUAAAACAUGGAUGUUUAGCAUAACUAGUAGCCUUUGAACGCAUCUCUUGGCAAGAAGGUGAAAAUCUAAUACAUUUUUAAAAAUAUUUUUGUGAAAAUGAAACUGUUGAUGUUGCAUGCAUGACUUUUUUAAGUUAAAUA